CCGCAACUAUGCAAGGUUCGCGACUCCAUGAUUCCACGACGACGUCUCGUGAAAAUGCUGUGGUGCAUUAGUUAUGUCCGGCGUUCAAUUGGCUGCUGGGACCAUAUCGGGAUGCAUGGUUGAUGACGGAGCGAAACAAAAGAGUGAUCUGCGUGCGACGGCGACGAGAUCACUCCGCCGAGAAUUAUAUUGCUGUGCUUGCCUUAAGCAAGGUAGUUGCUCCGGCAGCUAAAUGCCGGGGGGGCUAUAGAUGUAAGGGACGGACGGCGCUGCGGAUGCUGUCUAGUACUGUAUAUAUCUAUCUAGUCCUGCACUUCGUUGAAUUGCCCACCCACCCGUCUAUACGAAUAAGUCAAGAUGAAGCUCACUAUCCUUUCCACCACACUGGCAGUAGGCGUUGCCUACGGGCAAGGCUCCAACUCCGGCUGGGAGCCCGCUGGGCCAGAUGACUUCCGCGGGCCCUGCCCUAUGAUGAACACCUUGGCCAACCAUGGCUUCCUCCCUCACGAUGGCAGGAACAUCACCAAGGCAAAUGCGGUUCACGCUUUGUCUGCGGGACUCAACUUCGACCCAGCUCUUGCGAGCUUGAUGUGGGAUCAGGCUAUCAUUGCUAACCCGGAGCCUAAUGCUACUUUCUUCACCCUGGACAACCUCAACCGCCACAAUGUCUUGGAGCACGAUGCAAGCUUGAGCCGCGUAGACGCCUUCUUCGGCAACAACCACGCCUUCGACCAAGCGACCUUCGACGAGACACGAGUCUGGUGGACCGGUCCCGUCCUCGACGCCAACAUGCUCGCCAACGGCAAGCUCGCCCGCCAACUCGCCUCCAAGGCCAAGAACCCCGAGUACACCUUCACUGCGAAUACUGAGCAAUUCAGUCUCGGCGAGGUCGGUGCGCCUAUCAUCGUUUUUGGGGAUCUCGAAUCUGCUACGGUCGAGAAGAACCUGAUUGAUUUCUUCUUUGAGAACGAGCGUCUUCCAGUUGAGCUGGGAUGGACUAAGAAGGAGAAUCCUGUGACUCUUGAGGAUAUCAUGAGGAUUACGGGGAUUGUUGGUGAGGCUACGAAUCUCUUGACUACACCUAAGGAGGCUCCGGCGGCUAGACGUCGUCGGGACUUGCAUUCUGGACGUGGGCUUUAGAUGUAGCAAGGGCGUAAACUUCGAAAUCAAAGUAGAGACUUGAUAUCGCUAUGUUCUGGGAAAUAGGCAUGAGAAUCUAAACUCUUGAUGGUAUAAAUUGUAAAUUGCCCAUGUUACUAUAUGUGGCACUAUUUAUAACGUUUCGUUUAAGAUAGAG